AUGGAGGUAAUCGUAAUUUGAUCACUUUUUCCUCUAGUUUAGUUCUUUUUUUGUUCUAUUUUUCUUAUUAUAUAUCUCACUUUUUUCCUGAAUAAGUAAGGAAAAGGAAAGAAUGAAUGACCUCAAGUGUUUUUUAAUUAAUUAAUUAAUCGUAAAAAAUAUCAAUUUUCAUUCAUUGCUAAAGUGAGCAGAGCUCAAGGGCAUUUCGAGAAAUUUAUGUGAGAAUAUGAUGUGUCAUUAUAUUUUUUUUCAUUGAUCUAUUUUGUUCAGAAGAUUUUGCUUUUUAGCUCCCACAAAUCCUUGUUUUUGCACACACAUACGCAAAAAAGAUUUUUUAUGGAACGGAGGUGUAUAUUUCCAAAAAUACACACCUUAAAUAAGUUACCUUCCUCCCUCGCGUUGAGUUUUUAAUCAUUUUUUUGCUAUGAAACGCAAAAAAUCUCAUGAGUUAUUUAUGUGCACUUUUAGCGAUCAAAUACAAAUUUAUAUAUUUUUUAUUUCUGAAAAUACAAUGUGAUUUCUGUCUGUAGAUUUUUUGAUUUUUGAGUGCUUUUUUUUGUUUUCGGUUAACAUCUGGUUAGAGUUAGGCUAACUGACAAUUUUUUUGAUUUUAUUUGAAAUUUUGAAAAUGAGCAUUGUGAGUCGUUCAAAUAACGAAAAUAUGAGUUUUUACAUUUAUUUUAGUGGUUAAUGUUUUUUUUGUUUGAGGUUCUUUUCGUUAAAAAAACAGAGAUCUCUUUGAGGUCUCAGAAGAGGAAUUUUCAAUUUUCCAACAAGAAUUGGUUUUUUUUUAAUUUCACAUUUUUUGCCGUGAAAUAUUAUAACCUGUUUCAAUUUUUUUCUCAAAAACAUUUCAUCGUUCCAAAAAAAACUUUCAACUUUCUUUGCAAAAAAAUUUAUCUGAAUUUUCAAUCAACCUGCACGUGAUUUCAUCAGACAGCACCAACCUCAUGUUUUUCCUUAGGAGCCUGAAAAAAUCUCUAGUCAACUUCAUUCUAUCAAAAAAACAAAAAAUUAUUUUCAGCCUGACAUUUCAUUAUCCGAUAUUCUGACAACGAGUACGGAUGUUGAAAUGGAUGCCCGUCCAAAUAGUCGAUUACAAUGUCCGCCGACUGAAAUGAGCUAUUGUACUGUUCAACCAUAUUUUUCAUUACAAACACCAACUUUUCAACCAAAUAAUAUUCAAAGAAAUCAUCGACCGAGUUUGGGAAGUGAGUGGAAUAUACCUAGACGUAGGUUUUUCUUACAGUCAUUUUUUCAUCUUAAAAUUAAUUGUUCAGAAAAAUUAGGGAAAUAUUUUCAUGAAAAAAUAUUUUGUAGAUCUUCAAAAUGAUAAUUUGAACACCCGGAGGUUUCUAAGCGAUAAACGGCGAAGUUAUCGGAAUCGGAGUCUGGUAUGUGUUUCACAUAUAUUUUCCAAUUGCUCUAAUGUUUUUAGGGUCCUACAAUCGCCUCGGCUCCGUCUGUGGAGCAAGAAGAUUACCGUACUCCUCGACCAUCUUUCGAUAAUGGUGGAUUUGCUGGAAAGAGUUUUGAUUUUAGUAGCGGUCAGAUCGGGUUGACAGCGAGUGAAUCUAAUGCUCUUGUGAAGGUAAGUUUUCUCCCAAUCAUUUUCGAAAUUCAAAAAAACCUAGUCCCCCAUAGCUUAGCUAGUUUUCAACUUGUUAUCGAGAAAGAAAGAUUAGUAUUUUUUGAAGUACCGUAGUCAAAAAUUUUGUGGUUAUUUAGACUACAUUUUCGCGAAAUUUUUAAGAAGGAUUACAAUAAUCACGAGUUGAACUUUAAGUAGUUUGAGAAAUUUGAUAUCUCAAAAACAGAUGUUUGAGAAAAUUAGUACGAAUAUGUUUUUUUGGAGAUCGAAAUGUGAAGACAAGAAAUUAAAUUUUGAGUUUGAAAAAAUAUAACAAAAUAUUGGACUGUUGACUUUUGAGAAAGUAAAGAAUCCAUCAAACGUCGAAAUUCUGGAAAUCUAAAUUUAUGACUGGAGUUUUAGAAAAUCAUUCCGAUAUCCACAUAUCUGACAAAGUUCACAUUUUUUUCCCAUUCCUCACAAAAUUUCCAUUGUUCCAAAUGUUGACAUCAUUGACUUUUCCUAUCGCACGUCAAUUCAACGUCAUUAUAUUUUUCAAAAUUUUUUUCCAGGUAUCCGCCGAUUUCCUUCGAUUAAACGGAAGUCGGCAGCAGUUCCGAAAUCUCCUAUCAGCCCGCAAGAAACUAGGCUCACUUCCUCCAGCCUACACACGUAUCGACUAUAGUAGGGAGUCGUUAGAUUCAGGUGAGUAUACGAAAAUGCUGAAAAUGAAUAACAAAAAAUGGGAGGGAAGGGGGGAUUACAAAAGUCUUUAAACUACAAAAAAGUUUUCGGGGAGAAAAAUUUUCAGUAAAGUUAUAUUGAAAACGAAAUUCGCUCUCAUUUUCAAAAGAUAUUCUUAUGUCUAAAAUAUCGAAAAUGUUCCCGGCUUAUUCGAAUCUCAGUCGGAAUAUUCAAGGUUAGUUCAAAUAGCAAAUAUCUUUCACCUAACUAAUAUGAACAAUAUUGAAACCCAAAGAUUAUUUCCAACCCCAAUAAAAAACUUUGGUUGGAAUUCUAGACCAUUUUGAUUUUUGGUUUUGUGAAAACUGUUUGAACUGUAAGCGGUCACACACAUUGAUACGGGUGUGUAUGAUGUCAGUCUCCUUAAAAAACAAGCCACAAAAUAAUGGGGGAGGGCAACGAUGAAACACUACAGGAAUCUUUCUGAUUGAUAAUCUGAGCUCUUGGAUGAUUAUUAUUUAGAAAAAACUUCUGCUAACCUCAGUCACCAGAAAAAUUAAAUUUGAUGUAGUUAUCCGAAAAUUUUUUCAAGAAGUUGUUGAAUCCGGAAAUCGUGGUUCAAUUAUGAAAGAAAAAUCUAAAAUCCUUUCAUUUUUUCAUAACAUUCCUCUGAACUUUACUAUUUGUUCAAUGUCACUCUGAAAAAAAACGAUAAUUAAAACUUUAUUAUAUCAUUUCAUUUUCAUUGACGUCAGACUGUGUAAAAAAUUUUGAAAAUGUGAAAUUGUACGUUUAUGAGUACAGUAAUCCUUAAUCCAGCAGUGGGCGUUUGGAUUACUGUAGCCGCUGAACUAAAUUGUAUGAUAUUCAUUUCAUUGAACGUUCUUUGCACAGCCGUUGAGGAAAUAUUGGAUGGUAAAAACCAAAAAAAAACAAAAAUUAAACAAAGUAAUUAGAAAUUAAGAUAGAUUUUACCCAAGGCUCUUUGAAAUUCCUGAACAUUUUCAUGAAAAAAACUCUGGAUAAGUAAAACUCAAAAAUAUUCCAUUUCAGCUCGGGGAACUCCUCAUCACGGUCCUGUCAUCACUGUGGAAGAUACCGGAAGUCAAUUGCGCAUCAACAACAUCAAAACAGGUGUCAAUGAAAGAUUGCUUGAAACUUCGUGUUCAUUUGAAAAAAGUAAGUACCAAUUUCUGCUAAAAACAACCGGUUUCUUGUUCACUCUCUCAAUUCUGUGUUACUGAUACAAAAAUCAUAUCAUUUUCAAAAUAUUCUUUCUUGAAACUAUGCCAAUGUCUAAGAAGGAAACAUUUUGGGAGCGUAGAAAAAUCUCACAAUCAGGUGCUGAAAAUAAAUGAGGUAAAUUUGAGAAAAUCAGCGCAUUCUUUUCAGCAAUGGUUACACAAUGUGAAAGUAAUGGUUCGGUGACAUCGCAUAAUACAAGUUCUGCUUUCAAAAGGAAUAAUAGCAGGUAAAUUUUUUUGUUAUCUGAUUGAAUAAUUAGUCAUUGUUUUUUUUUUCAUUUUUUGUUGUUGUUUUGUUUUGAUCUACAUUAUUUUGGAUGCUAAAAAUUGAUAUUAAAGAACUAAUUCUAAAAUUUAUUGAUAUUUUAUUCAAGUUAGGAUACCCCUUCACUCUAUUUUUUAAAAUCUAAUUUUGCAGGUAUGGAGUUCCAAUUGACAGCACAGCUGUCAAACAAGUUUAUCGGGUACGAUCGGAACGACUUGCAAACCGAGUUCGAAUUACGGAUAGAUCUCUCAUUCUUGCGGUGUUCGGCAUGAUUCUGAUGUUGAUCGAAUCAGAACUCACCGCCGAAAGCUCAUACGGUAUUUCAAAAACGCACUGGUUGUCAUAUUCUCUUCGAGCAAUUGUGUUGAGCUCAACAUUUGCUCUUUUGUAUCAUAUCGUUCAAUAUCAUCAUAAUGAUAUUGCUUUGGAGUUGGUUGAUUGUGGGGCGGAUGAUUGGCGCGUUGUAGUGACGACAGAACGAAUUGUUCAGUUUAUCACCGAGUUUGUGUGUUGUGCAAUUUGCCCGUUCCCAGGUUUGUAUACUGUAGUUUUUUCAGGGAUUAGUAUAUCUGUAUAUGGCAAGAAAAAAGUUGUUUUUGUCGAAAAAAAUGAAAAUUGUAUAAAAACUACAAUUUCGAUGAAUUUUCAGAAAGAUGAUAUAAUACGUAUAAUAAUUUGGGAUUUUAAUGUAAAAAAAAAUAAAAAUGAAAAGUACACAUUUUAUUGAAUGAACAGACAAUAGUAAUAAGAAAAAUCUAAUAAAAACACAAUGAAAAUUGUCUGAAAAUACUUUUUGCAGAAUUUUUUUGGGAUUUUCAAAAAACACGAGCGUGUUUUUCUCUAAAAAAUAAUUAAAUAUUCAGGAACUGGUCACAUGAAAUGGUCAUUUAUCGAAAUGACCCUUCACUCGAAUGGUAAUACUGAAAGUCGUUCUGCUCACUCGCGUGAUGUAUCUGUUCCAGUCGACAUCUUGUUAUCGUGCUUCAUGCUUCUUCGAUCAUAUUUAUUUGCCAGAUUUAUGGUCUUGCACAGCAAACAAUUUCAGGUAGAUACAAUCGUUUCUUCUUAUUUUCAAUGAAAUAAGUGAUUUUAGGAUGCAUCAACAAGAACAUUGGCCGCAUUGAACAGAAUUCAAGUCAACUUCUCAUUUGUCAUCAAAACUUCUUUGGAUCAACAACCAGUAUUGUUUUUGACAUCAUUCACUUUCAUUUUCUGGAUUAUUAUGUCUUGGAUGUUUGUUCAAUGUGAAAGAUAUGGAUUCACUAGCACCAACCACAAGGAAUCACAAACUAUCAUUUAUUCAAACUCACUUUGGUUUAUCGCAAUCACAUUUAUGCUCAAUGGUUAUGGUGAUAUUGUUCCACAAACCAAUGCCGGAAGAAUCAUCGCAAUUUUUGUUGGGGUUGUUGGAGCAAUCAUCUCAUCAAUCUUGAUUGCUGUCAUCUCCCGUAAUAUUCUUCUUUCACAAGGACAACGAAAUGUUAACAACUUCAUGUAUGAUAGCAAGCUUUCACGCGAACACAAGGAUGCUGCUGCUCGAGUUCUUCAACAUACUUGGCAUAUUCAUAAAUGUUUGCAAGGUGCAGAGGGUGGAAAUCGGAGAUUGCGAACUUAUCAAAGGAAAUUUUUGAGAGCAAUUCAUAGGUUCGUUGGGGGAUCAAAAAAAUAUGAUUUAUCAAAACUCGCUAAAGAAAAACACAUCGAGUUUCGCACAUGUUUUUUGAAAAACAAACCAAUGUUUUUUCUAACUUCAGAUUCCGAUCAGUCAAAAGUGAGAUGCGUGAAUUCAACGAGAACAACAACACUAGCACUCACCAAGUAACUCGCCUUGUCACCGAUAUGCACACCUCAAUGCAAAAACUUUUGACUGUCCAAGAUGAAAUGAGAAUGCAAAUUGAAGUCCUUCAACAAACUGUUAGAAAUCACUACCGUACGCCAACAAUUCCACAAUUGCAAGGUAAUAUUUUCUCAUAUCUAAACGAUAAUUCUUAAAAUGGAGUGGUUCCAGGUUUGACAUCAUCUCCAGCUCUAUCUGAUUUGCAUGACAGUCGAAUUAAUUUGUAA